AUGCAUAGAAAGAAAAUGGCUAAAGAAUUUGAAGUGUUUAUUAAGACUAUUGAAGAAUUAGGAGCAGAUUAUAAAAUAUCAUUCGAAAAACCAUUUAGAGAUUUAGGAUUUGAAGGUAAUUGGAAUAGAGCAAGAUUAUUUUUAUAACCUACUCGUGAUACUUUGAUGAAUGUUGUUGAAAGUCCAUUUUUUAUUUUAACAUUAAAUGAAGUUGAAAUAUGUUGUUUUGAACGUAUAAUUCCAGGGAUAAAAUCUUUUGAUUUGGUAUUCGUAUUUAAGAAUUAUGAUAAACCAGUACUAAGAAUAGAAAGUAUUGAUAUUAAAGAUUUAGAGGGAGUAAAGAAUUGGUUGGAUAGAGUAUUAAAUAAUAUUUAUAUUUUAGAUGAAUCUUCUUUUUUUUGAAGUGGGUUAAAAUUUAGUAUGGAAAAAUGUACUUGCAUAAAUACAGAAAGAUAUACCAGGAUUUGUUUAAGAUGGAGGAUGGACAAAUAUACUUGCAGAAAGUGAAGAAGAAGGUGAUGAAGAAGAUGACCCCGAAGAAGGAGAUAGUGAAUUCUCUCCAGAUUAAUCUGUAAUAUAUCUAUUAAAUAUAAUAGGGUGAUGAUGGUGAGGAUGAUGAUUCAGACUUUACAGAAGAUGACGGUGAUGAUGAUGGUGAUGAUGAUGAUGAGGAUGAUGAAGAAUUAUCUGAUGUUCUUGAUCUCAAUAAUAUAAGUGAAUAAGAUGAAGACGAUGAAGAUGGAGAUUCUGAUUCAGGUAUUCUCUUAUUUAUAUAAUAUCUCUUUUAGAUAAAAAUAAAAGAAAACAUUAACAUAAACCAUAAUAAUAACAUAAACAUUAAACAAAACCUUUGAAUAAUAAACCAUAACCAAAACCACUUCCUCGUUCCACUUAGCCUCAAAAACGUUAACCAACCAGAAAAUGAG